AGGACAGGACCAUUGAUUGAGAGAAUUGUCAAAUGGUCUUUGUUUUUUGCUUUUGAUAAAGAGAAGAAAUCCCAUAGCCAUCGCUUCAGAAGGAAAGAAAUCGAGGCAGAGACCCUCCGACAGGAUCCCGGCAGACCCAAGAAGCCAUGCCGGGACCAGGGGCUCACCUGAUGUACGGUAUGGGGUCCGGGGUGGCCCUGACCACCGUCUCCAACGGCCGCUUCACCCCACACCACACCCUCACCUACACCAUCAACACCUUCUUCGGCCCGGACACGGGGUCCUUCUCCGAGUGGCUAGGGUCCGUUCUCGCAGACCUUGGCCUCGGCUCCGGCUCCCUCGGCUCCUUCCUCGCCAAUGCCGUCCACCACCCCUUCUACUACGUGCUGAUUCUUGGGCUGCCCCUGUGCGUGCUCUACUCUUGGGCCUCCAAGGUUUUGAUCCAAAAGGGUGUCCUUGAUUCUGUCUCUGGGGUUCCUCUCACUAAAUGGCAAAGCUUCUUGCUGGUGGCGGCUGGUUCUUUAUCCCACUUCUUCCUGGAUCACCUGUUUGAGGAAAAUGGGCAAUCCUCCACGUAUUUAUGGAUUUUAAGCACUGGUUGGUGGAAAACUCGAGCUCCCAUCAACCCUGAUGCUGUCAUAGUAACCGGCUUCUUAUGCAUUUGCCUAAUUUGCGGUUUUGUUUACAUAAAUAGAGUGAAGUCGCACAACUCCAUCAGAAGAAAGUCAUAUCAGUCAACUAAACUCAUUUUAGUCAUCGCGAGUCUCUAUUGUUUAUGGUGUGUGACUCAGAUAUAUUGGGUCGACCCUCGAAGACCCGCUGUCGGGGAAGAGGCCGAUCUUGGGGUUCUCGUGUUUUUAGCCACUUAUUUCUUCCUGCCUCAUGGUUUGUGUAUACUCUCCAUGAACGCAAAAGUUAUGGAAUCUGAGCUUCCCCUGUAGGGAUGAUAUGGGAAGUUCCACGGGCUUAUUUUUCUGCACAGAAGCGAGGCUAUAGCUUGUUGGAAAAUGUAGGAUGAGGUUGAUACUUGUGUAUGUGUGUGUAUCUACGAGCAGUUUGAUAGUAGCGUCUGAA